AUGUUAGUAAAUUGGAAGAGAUAUCUAUCUAGUUAUCUUGCUAUCUAUCUCAAUUUGCUUCUACAAUUCGGCAUCCAUAUCUAUCUAUCUAUCUAUCUAUCUAUCUAUCUAUCUAUCUAUCUAUCUAUCUAUCUAAAUUCAUACUUAUUUUCCUUUUUCUAUCUUUUUUCUUUCUUUGUAUCCUAUUUCUUUCUUUCACACUGUUGUCAUCUUCCUUAUUUUGGGAUUAUUACAGUUUUAUUUAUGUUAAUGUAUUCAUUCUUUUUUCAAUUUUCUAUCUUAUUACAUUUCCUUUUCAUUUCGUUCUUUCUUGAUUAUUUGCUUUAUUCCUUUUAUUUUCUUUCUUGUUUGGGAAUAAUUAUAUUUUCCCGCCAAUCUGUUCAUUCUUUUCCCGUCUUCUAUCUUUCUGUCAAUCUUUCUUAUUUAUUUAUUUCUGUCUUUCUUUAUUUUUUUUUUAUUUUUCCAUUUUUUUUAUUCAUUCUUCCUUUUUUUUUUUCUUCGUUCUUUCUUUUUCAUUUCUGUUCUCCAGGACAUAUCUCAAAUUCUUUCCAAGUCUUUCACUAUUUUCUUCUUCCUUUGCUGUUUUGCCGUUUUACAUUUCUUUCUCCUUCGUUUAUUUAUCCAUUGCUUUUUUUCAUUGUUCUUUUCUUUUUCAUUCUGGUUUGA